AUGGUAAACUACGGAACCCAUAGCAGUGAAAUUUUGAAGGUUCUUAAGACACCCAAGUUCGUGCUGAGAUAUGGCAACGUGACCGGAAGACAACGCUUUGCCUUGAAACGGAAGAUAAAUGAUAAGUUAUGCGAAAACAAGUAUCAGGAAUAUCUGAAUGAGUACAAUACCUUCGUACUUUACGACUGGGAAUACAGUGGAGCUGACAAUUUUAUAGACCCCUCUUACAAUCUUCCCCUUUUAUGGAAGGAGUUCAUAAGGGAGGGCGUGUCCAAAGGUGCAAUAAACAAUAAGCUUCCGACGGUCUUCAUGAAGAGAAAGUUGAGAAAUUCGGUAAUGAGUCGGUGUUUGGGACUUGAUUUCCUCACUGAUCCGAGCGAAUUAACACAUGAAUACCGAUGCAUGUUCCAAACUGUUCAUGACAUCUCAUCUCUGUCGCAAUUAAUCUUAUUCAACAGUAUACCAAACAUUCCAGUAAGGUUGAAAUUGCAUACCAUUGGCAUAAACAUCAAUCUCGGGCCCAAAAAUUCCAUGGAAAGCAGCACUGGUGGCGCUGAUACUGGCAUGAGCGAAGCAGUCUCUUACAUUCAACCGCUAUUGGAGGAAUCCUCGAGAAUGUAUCGCAACUUGAGUUACUGGAAGUUGCUAAAAAUAGCACGAGGUAACAAGAAGGAUGGACUUUUGGAUGAGAACGCACUUAUUAAAUCGCAAGUCAAACUUUUACUGAGCCAAUUGGCGAUGAACCAAAUUACCUCGCCUUCCGUCACCGAACAUGGUGGUCACAGCUGGCUCAUAUUCACAAGAGACAACCACAAACAAUAA